UUCGCUCCCAAUUUUUCAAUUACUCGCAUCAUGAAGCAGGAUGCUGACGUGAGGGUUCGGCCGUCCGUUGUGAUCUUACGGCGCCUGGUAUGGUUCCUCUUACCGCUCGGUGCCGUGAUCAGCGCCUGCAUCUUGCUGAGCAUCUAUCAGCAACCGUCACCGCCAAACUACCACAUGACAUUUGCCAUUACGCAGGGUCGGUCCAAAGUCCAGGGAGUCAACUUGGCGGGGUGGCUUGUGGCGGACUUCGACGUGACACCCAAGUCCGAGAUCUACAAAGGGGUUCCCGAGGAUGUGUCGUCAGCGGGCGAGUUUGCUGUCGCCAACUGGUACACGACCCAGAAAAAGAAGGCGGAGAUGGUGACCAAGUUCACGUCGCAUCGCGAGUCGUGGAUCACGGAAGACGACAUCAAGGCCAUCGCCGCCGCGAAACUCAACGCCGUGCGCGUGCCCAUCGGGUACUGGAUCCAAGAUAACGUGACCGAGUCGAUUUCGCCGUCGGACGCGGUCAAUUUGGCGCCGCUGUACUCGAUCUUUGCGCCUGGCGCGGUCAACUACCUCGACAAGUUGGUCAAGGUGUGGGCAAAGGCGCACAACAUUUCCGUGCUGGUGGACGUGUCGGCCGCGCUCCUCGCUCAAAACGGCAAGCCCAGCGCCGCACCCAUCCCUUGGUCCAUCAAGAAGGAAUACGGCGACAUGUCGUUUGAUCUGCGACCGACCAAAGCGUCGUUCAACGCGACCAAAGACUUGGUGAAAUUCAUCGUGAACCGGUACAAGGAUGACGACGGGUUCCUCGGCGUGGGGUUGCUGAAUGAGCCAGAGAAGGCCGACAACCGCGUCACGCACCGCGAAAUCGUCGGGCUGUACCGCGAACUGUAUCCGUGGGUGCGCAACAUCACGAAACGAGUAGUGCUCACCACGCAGUCGUUUGGGGAUGUCCAGCACAAGGGCGCGAGCUUGCAGAUUACAGACAACGACGAGACGAUGAUGACGUUUAGCAUUUGGCCCGAAGAGUCGGCGGUCGUGGUCAAUACGUGGCACGAAUGGCACAAGGUGAUGGUCACGGACGCCGCGUUCAAAGAUGACGCCGGCAUCAACACGUUGAAAGAUGAUAUUUCCGGAUGGACGGGCAACCCGUUGUUGAUUGGGAGCUGGAACGCCGCCAAGUUUGGCAACGAGUCGGUCCCGACACCAGACCAACCGGCACACGCCAAGAAAGUGCUGGGCGUUGUCGACAUGGCGGCCAAAGGGUGGGUAUACUCCAACUGGAAGCACGACGGGGGCCAAAAGCAGUGGGGGUGGUCUCUCAAAGACUUGUUGGCGCAAGGCGUGUAUGCAUUUACUAGUACACCCUAAGAACUAAGUAUACUACUACUAUACAUGCAAGAGAUAUGGUGUACU